UUAAGUUUUUAAUACAAAAGUACAGUUAUCAAAAUAUUUUUUAAUCCAGUCUCAUUUUUAAAUGUACAAAUUACAUUUGUAAAUUAUAUAGUUAUAAAGGAAACCAAUUAUAUUGAAAUAAUUGUAAGAAAUCUUUAAAAAGGUUCAAGCUCUGCCAAUGGUUUUUAAAGCAUAAAAUACAAAGACCAAUUAUAUUGAAGUUAUGAAAGAAAUCCUUAAAAAAACAAGCUUAAGCACUGCCAGCUUCUUAAAAGAAUAAAAUACAAAGGUAACCUAUUAUACUGAAGUAGUUAUAAGAAAUUCUAAAAACAAAUUCAGGCACUGUCAAUGUUUUGUUUUUUUUUUUAACUAUAAAAUCAAAAGGAUUACAAAUCUUUUGUUGAGACUAAUGUUGAAAUGUAGUUUAAAAGUUGGCAGCUAGAUGGCGCAGCGAAUAGAACGCUGGGGCUGGAUUCGGGGAGAACUCAUCCUGUUUGCCUGUUUCCUCAAUUGUCAAAUGAACUUGACAAAGUGGCAAACCACUCCAUUAUCUUUGCCAAAAACACCCAAAGGGGGUCACGAAGAGUCAAGUCGGACCCUAUUGAAGAGGCUGAACUGUUAAAGAAUGCUAAAAUAAAAAAUUUUUAAAGCAUAAAAUACACAGAAUUAAAAAGGAACCAUAGUAUUGAAGUAGUUAUAUUGUAAUUAAAAAAAAUUUUUUUUUAAGUUCAAGGACCCCCGGGGCUAAACGGUACGACAAAAACCCCAGAUUGUUUUUUUUUUAUUAUUAUUUUAAUAAAUUUCCACGUUUUCCGAAAUUAUAGGAUCCACAUUGUCUCUUCCUUCUUCCCAACCCCCUCCCGGAGCUGACAAGCAAUUCCCCAGUUGUUUCUUAAGGAGAAACAUCGAGAAUUUUUGUUUCGGGAGAAGGCUCGGUGUAGAAGAUGAAUCGGCGGGAGCCCCUUCCUGGGGAAGCUAUUGGCAGAACUGUAUGCCCCAACCCUGAUACCCUGAGCUGGAGACCUUCACGCCCGCCAAACCACAGGUUCUUCCUCCUGCUUGUCAGAGUAAACGCCCCAAAAGCCCCGUCAUGAGAGCCUCGAGACGCGCCCGAGGCCAAAUUCGCCUCUAAUAGGCUUCACUGUCAGAAGUUGCUCCUCCACCCCCAUCCUUCGGUCAGCUAGUUUGUCUGUCGGAGAGCCGGACCGAAGAAGCUUCUGGGAAUUGUGGUUUUCUUCUCCCUCACGGGCACAAGAGGUGACGAAACUGCAAACUCGCAUUCCCAUGCGUCACCGAGGGCAGCAGGCCACGGGAACUUCCAAUCCAUCUUCCCUCCAAUCAGCGGGCAGCGAGUCUGGAAGAACUACAACUCCCAGCAGACAGCUCGGCUCCGCGUUUUGAAGUCUAUCCUGGAGGCUUUUAGGGAGGUUUGUCUCCUGCACCUUCUCUUCUCGACUCCCCGACGGGAAGCAGAGUUAGAGGGCACGAACCAUGGAGGAGAAGGUGCCAUCCCCUUUAGUCAACACCAAACCGCACCUGGAGAAACUGACCCUCGGGAUCACUCGUAUCUUGGAAGCAUCUCCAGGAGUAACAAAGGUGCAGAUCAUUGAAAAGGAACCUGCUGAGCGCCAUAUGAUUGCUUCAUGGGAACUAAAAAAUGACUGUGCAAUGCCAGAGGAUUUGAAGAAUUUUUACCUGAUGACAAAUGGUUUCCACAUGGUGUGGAGUGUGAAGCUGGACGAUCAGCCUGUGCCUUUGGGCUCUCUGGUGAUUAACAGCAUCUCCAACCUGACUCAGCUCACCCAGUCUGCGGUGUACACACUUCCCAACUCGCCGACUCUGGAGGAUCUGGAGGACGAGGAAGACGAAGCUAAUGAAGACCGGCCAGAGAAGCCCCACUUUGACGCUCGAAGUGUGAUAUUUGAGCUCGACUCCUGCAAUGGGAACGGCAAAGUGUGCCUUGUCUACAGGAGGACGCAGGUCCUCCAGUGUGCCUUGUCUACAGUAGCCAAAGAGAGCAAGAUCUGGUUCCUAGACAGAGCUUUGUACUGGCACUUUCUCACAGACAACUUCACUUCCUACUACCGCCUGCUGAUCACUCACAUGGGCCUCCCCCAGUGGCAGUACGCCUUCACCAACUACGGUGUCAGCCCGCAGGCCAAGCAGUGGUUCAACAUGUACAAGCCCAUCACCUACAAUACUGCGGUGCUCGCAGAAGAGAGCGACUGCUUCAUCAACAAGCUCGACCCCAGCAAGGUGUUCAAGAGUAAGGCCAAACCCGCGGCCCCCUCCCAAAGAGGGGGGACCCCGCACCCUCCGGGCUCCCAGAAGGGAUCGUCGAGCUCUUCUUCCACCAAACCUUCCUCUGGAAACCCCGCCAGAAAGUGAGCAGCGUCUGGGAGACGGCCCUUCCCUGGCCCUGGGAGAGCUCCAGGGCGCUCCCCGUCCCUCUCCCGGGACGGCCCGCGGUGCCACCCUCCCUCCAGGGAGCCCGGGGCCGGUCAGUCCCCUCUGGACCUCUGGGCGCUGCUCGGCAGUCGGGCGGCCCACGUGCUCCAGGCCUGCUUCUUACUGCCCGUGCGGGACGUGACACGGCGCGCGUACAGUGGAUGGCGUGCGGCUCACCUGAAUUGUGGCUGGGUAAAAGCUGUGACAGCGGCUGAAAAGACCCCAAAGCUUUUCCUCGGUGGCACGUCCGCCAAGACCCGUCACUUAGUACCCGGCUGGUUUCUCGCUGUCCGCGGAGCCCACCAAGGAAAUGUCCUCUUCCCGGUCUGGGGGGCCUCAGUGUCUCGGGGGGUCUCACCCUUCUGGGAGAUGUUUGCCUCGGGAAUAAAGUGAAGCUGCUGGCCCUUGUA